GGGGCCUUCCUUGGUGUGCAAAACAGCUGAAAGCUACUUACCCUCAGGAUGAGAUCAAGGCAGCUGGUGUGCGGAAUCUGGAGUCUGUGUUUCACAUUCUGCCUCUUCUGCAUCUUUCUUCACCAAACUACAGCAAAAAGAAAACUGAAGUUUGUGUCUGUAGUGUUUCACCAUGGUGAUCAUACCCCACAGGAGUUUUUUCCAACUGACAAGCACAAAGAAAUUGCAAGGCAGCACGGAUACGGACAGCUUACCAAGUUUGGCAUACAGCAACAGUAUGAGCUUGGGCAGUAUAUGCGGAGAAGAUACUCCUAUUUCCUGAGCGUUGUUUACAAACGGUCUGAGAUUUAUGUUCAGAGCACUGACUGUGAUCAAACGCUUAUGAGUGCUCAAGCAACUCUUGCUGGGCUGUAUCCACCAACACAGGGACACAUUUGGAACCCCAGAAUCCUUUGGCAGCCAAUUCCAGUUCACACAGUGCCACUGUCACAUGAUAAUUUGCUGUAUGUACCUUUCUCACACUGCCCAAAAUACAAUGAGCUUCUGAGAGAAACCUUUGCAACAAGAGAUUUCCAAAAGCAGCUCAAGCAGUAUAGGUCUUUUCUCAAGUUUUUAGCCUCUCACACUGGAUACCCACUGAAGAAAUUGAACAGUGAAAGAAUUUUGAGGAUCUCUGACACUUUACAAUAUGAGGCAGAGCUUGCUAUGAACUGCUUUACAGCAUAA